AUGUGGAGCAAAUUCCUGCAUCUUACCGUGGAUGCUAUGCUGGUAUCCACCAUUCUUGCCGGCGUCAAACGUACCGCAGGAUUACAACCAGCAGUAUCCAAAAUACCCAACAAGGACAUCCGAGGCUAUGUGGAGAAAUAUCUCGAGCUUGGCGAAUGGAUCUUUGAUAGCACCUUGAUAUUGAUGAACUCAUCGUCCUACUUUGAAAAGAGUACCUGA